AUGGCGGCUUCCUCGGGUGACUCGAAAGUCCACAUGCUCACCGGGAAUCCUACUAUUGUGUUGGUCAUGGCUGUUCUCGAGGAUAUAGCUAUCGUUUGGAUGUGUCUAGGUACUGAUCUUACAUUGUCUGCACCAGUUGUCACCAGUGACCAGUUGUUCGUCCGGCAGGAAGAAUAA